CACCUACUUUCGGCUCUAGGACCCAGGGGCGCAGAUUUCCCUCUAUGCUAAGGCAAUGGGUAACCCAGUGUUGCCGCUCAGAGCGAAGGAGUGUAGUAGAGUUAGCGACCUGAGACGCAACUGGGAAGGGAGUACUGACAGUGGCCGCAGCUUGUUUUAUCGGACUGGCUCUAACGUAGGCUGAGAUGUACUUAUCGAAAAAAAUGAAUUUUCUUAUUUGUAUGGGAAUACUGCACGUCUCAAGACAACUUUGAAAAUCUGUUCAGUGUGUCAAACGGGCAUUAAAGCUCACUGCCCGUGGAUUAUUCAACAAGCUGUCUGAAUGGAAACCAUGUCGCCGAAGCAGCAAGAGAGUAUCAACCCAAGCCGAUGCGCAUCACUGACAGGGGACCCAAAAAUGGGUCCUCAGUUAGACAAAAAGAGGAUGAAGUCUAUGAUGCAUCGCAGACAGUCCGCUCCUUCGCUGGUCAUCAGUAAAGCACUUACCCGAUCCAGAACGUUGUCCAGGGAGAACUUCCUGAUGCCAGUGAGUCCGGAGACGUGCGUGUUGGUCCAGUCCUACCUGACGCCCACGCGCCACUUCGUCGCUCAUGCCUACGCUCAGCUCAAGACCGGCCUGCAGACACAAGAGAGGCACCUCUUCCUCUUCAACGACAUUCUCCUCAUCACCAAGGCAAAGUCAUCCACCAACUUUAAGAUGAAGGCCCAGGCUUACGUGUCUCAGAUGUGGAUCGCCAGCUGCAUGGAUGAGGUGUGUGAGGGCAGCACCAGCCAGGAGAGGAGCUUCGUCAUGGGCUGGCCCACCUGCAACUGCGUGGCCACCUUCAGCACUGUGGAGCAAAAAGAGAAGUGGCUCUCUCUUAUUAAAAGUCACAUGCAAGAGGAGAAAGAGAAGGACAACCCAAAAACGAUCCCCCUGAAAGUGUUCGCAAAAGACGUUGGGAACUGUGCAUACGCCAAGACCUUAGCUGUUAGCAACUCCGACAGUGCCAGUGAGGUCAUCCGAUUGGCCCUGCAGCAGUUUGGCAUUGUGCAUGCGUAUUUGACUUGUUGGGGUAAUGUGAAGGAUUAUCAGCUGUGGGUGAGCUCAAAGAGGGAUAAUGCCCCCUAUCCUCUCAUUGGUCACGAGUUCCCCUUCAGCAUCCAGAUGAGUCAUCUCAGACCCCCGUCAGCCUGCCUCGACGACCCCAAAGAUGCUAACGCGCCUGCUGAGACGCAGGUGGAGCUGUUCCUAGACCAGCUUCAGAGUGAUAACCAGUGCCAAUUCAUCCUCAAGCCAAGUCGUGUGGUCGUGGGCCAGUCUUUCAUAGUGGAGCCAGGUCAGAAGCCAACCAAGAGGAGACGUUCCCUCAUCAGCUGGGCUUUUUGGAAAGGUUCCACCAACCAAUUGGAUGACCCGCCCCCAACCCCCUUCUUCUCUGCUCCUGGGCAGCUCUUUGGUCUGCCACUCAAUGCAGUGUGCCAUGACGAUGCUCUGCCAAGGCCAAUCAUGGACAUCCUGGUGUUCUUGUACCAGGAGGCUCCCUUCACUAGAGGGAUCUUCCGGCGCUCUGCCGGAGCCAAAGCGUGCCGGGACCUGAGGGACCGACUGGACUCCGGCUCCCGAGACGUCUCCCUGGUACACGAGUCCAUCUUCGUCAUCGCCGCCGUCCUAAAGGACUUCCUGCGGAACAUUCCGGGCAGCCUGCUGUCGUCUGAUCUGUACGAGCUAUGGAUGGGUGCUAUGGAUGGGCCAAUCGAGGGGGAGGAGAGCCAGUUGGAAGCAAUUCAGAGGUUGGUGGGCCGUCUGCCCUGUGAUAAUUCGCUGCUGCUGAGUCACGUGCUGGCAGUGCUGCACCGUGUCCACCUCCAUUCCCAUGAUAACCAGAUGAAUGCCUUCAACCUGGCCAUCUGCAUCGCUCCCAGCAUGCUCUCUGGUCCUGCUCUCAGCAGCCCCGAGUUGGAGGGUGAUGGAGCCAAGAAGGUUUGUGAGUUGGUGCGUCUGAUGAUCGAACACUGCAACACUGUGAUGAGAGAGGACGUCAUGUCACUAUUCAGUGGAUUCCCACAAAGGUGCAGCAACGGCGACCUCGGAUCUGAUCUGUCCUCAUAUCAGAUGACUGAUUCCUCUUAUGACAGUCUGGAGAAUGAACUGGAAAAUGACGACUUGGGAUCACCAUUCCCGGCCAUCCAGCAUCCAACACCCCAGCCAGACAGCCGGAGUCGUGAUUCUGUCAUCACCCUGAGCGACUGUGACCUGGAUCAGAUGGACACAGACCCCGAAUCGCCUCUCCCAAUGACUCUCCUCCGUCCACCUCCAACCCCUCCCUCAAGGGUACCCCAGGUCUCUCGACCAUCCUCCUCCCGAACCCGAUGUCCUUCCGAAGUACCUGUUCUGCCAGGUUCCUGUCGCUUGCGACGUUGCUCCGAACCCUCGAUCCGUAAUUCCACCUCCUCCCUGCUCCGGUGUCUGGAAAGCCACACAGUCCGCAAAGGCAGUUACGACGACGCUACAGACAGCGCUCCGGACAGCGAGGUCGAUGAGGUGUUCACCAAACACCUGAGCAUCCUUCGGUUGGACAAGCCAAUCACAUUGGAACGUGAGGGUGCCUCAUCAGAUCGGGCUGGCAGCGGGGAAACACAGAGAUGGAAGGAGACAACCAAAAAGCCUCCCCCGCUACACUUGGAUGCCAGUUGCUCCAGUCUGUACUCCCCCAAUGCCUCCCCGACUCGCUCCUCCAUGAGCUCCCUGGACAGCGCUUUUUCCCAGCACUCUGCCGACUAUGCCACGUCUUCCCUUCCACUAGGGGUCCCCUUGAAGAUGUCGGGGAAUGUCUCCCCGUGUUCGAUGGGACAUAUCUCUCCAUGCUCCCCGACCCAGGUGUCACUUUUCUCCUCUGGGCCACUGACCACAUCACCGCGAGAGUCCCCUCCUAAGGACCCCUUCGACUGGAGCCACCUGAAGAGCAGCCAUGGGCUACACCCCAACUCUUGGCUCAAGAGGGACCGCCGACUCUCUCUCUCACGUCAGCUUGAGAGCAUGGAAGAUGCAUAUUUGCAGGAUGGCUCCUCAGACGGCUUGGCUAAGGUCAGCCAAGGGAGGGAAAGGAGAACCCAGGAAUCAGCUGAACCUGUCGCAGGAAGGACAUCCGGUAGUCCCCCGUCCUACCAGCAGGCGCUGCUUCAGGCUCAGCACUGCAAGAGCAUGUUGUACUCCCCCUCUGACAAGCCACUUACAGUGAGAGAGCUGAGAGAACUCCAUCAGCAGGCUUGCUCUCUUCCGAAAGCUUCUGCUACCACUGCCCUUCCUCAAGCCCGCACAGCAAGGAGGCCUGCCCCAAAGAGCCAAGUCUCAGGAGGUGACCAUCCGGAUCUUCCUCAGGCCAUGUUCUACAUUCAGAGUGCUCGCAAAUUAGCUUUGCACCGACACAAAUCUCACUCAAUCAUCCCUUCAGUGGAAAAUGUUCAUCCCAGACCCACUCGCCGUGCCUCUGAACCAAUAGCAGUCAGUUUGGGCCUGGAUCAGGAGUCCACCAUAGGUCUGGAGAGGCUCCACAGGCAAGCUCUUAGGCAGGUGACAGACCAAGACGCACCCCAAAACCCCGGUCUGAGGAUAUCUGAUGUGGAGCCCAGUAGAGAGUUCACAGAGGCCAGGUUCUGCCUCUCCCCUACAGCCACAAAGGCUGUGAGGGACUACUUCUCAUUGCACUCCCAUGAGGACCCACACAGCUCCUUAAAGAAGAGCCAGGAGGUGGCCCUGGCCAUUGUUCAAGGUAAGAGAGAAUGGAAUCGAAGAUGCAGCGAUCCCAGGUUGGAGGACUUUGACCAGUUGCUUUUUGCUGAGGAGUCUUAUGUCUGAACGUUUCUGUGGAGUCAUCUGUCUGACCAUACUCAAGGCCCUUGAGUACUCGACUUUUGGGGCAUGGUAGGAUAUGGCCUUUUCGCUUCACAAGAGCGGCUCACUGGAUCUGGAUUUGUUUCUUUCUGUUUACCUUUUCCCUGCACCUAAAUCUCUGUAGCCACUUAAAGUCCAUGUGUGACAAGUCAGUGCAUGCUACAGCACCUGUAAGGUAGCUUGUAAUCGGUUUUAAAGCAGCAGUAUUUUCUCUAAAAUUAGCAAGUUAACUAGCUAAAAGCAGACUUGCCUUGCAAACACCCACUACAGCACAGCUGGCAUGGAUAAAAGCUAGCUAGCUAGCUUGCUAACUGGUGUAUUUUGGUGAAAUAUUUAUGUAUACAUUUUUACUUGGUUUUAGGGUUUUCUGGUUCAUAAAAAAUACAUAGUGAAUUGUUUGGGCGGCUUGAUCGAAUGACAUACAUUUAUCGGUGCUUCACAUGACCAUAUACAAUGAAAAUUAAUUUCGGGGAUGAUACAAAAACUAGCUACCUAUAAAAACAUACCUCAAAAGUAAAAACCUGCACACUGUUAGUUUAACAGUAAUAAAAAGCAAUACCUCUUUUCCUGCUUAUUCCAAACCAUAGGUGAUGUAACACUCAGAUGUGGCUAUAUUAGAGAAUCCUAUUAAAUGUAUAGUUUUCAAUGAAUCAAUUACUUUUAGGCCGAGCUGUUUAGUCCUUACAGCAUCUGAUACUGGUUUAUUAGAUAAGAGUAUUGGUGGUAAACUAUGUUUCACUAGUUCUCUCUCUAUAUCUGACACCUGGGCACAAUUCAGUGUUAAUAUACGGCUCUUCAGAAUGUUCCGAAAAGUUCAGUUGAUUUGAAUGGGCCACCCCAACGUUUGCAGGUCUGUAAUUU